CAGAAAAGUCAACACUGCGUCAAACGAAGAGGAGAAACCAGAGACAAAAACAUCGCCACUCCAGAUUUGUCAGGACUUUCUGGGAAACUCGGGAGAAUUUUCUCCAGAUCCAACAUACCGAUGGCUCCUCCUCCAUCUCCUCCUGUCCCCAAGCUUCGAGUUAGCAGCAUGAAGAGCUCCCCCUGCUCCACGGACAGAGCGCCGCCUUAUGACCUGCAGCAGAGUUUCUCCAGAGGACGUUACCUGAGCACAGAUAAAGAUACUCCUUCAUCUGCCGGCUCAACGCAGGAGAACUUCCCAACUUUAGGUGGGAUCACAGACCUCAUCGCUACCAGCAUCCCGUCUCUGGCAGGAGUCGCCACAGGCAUCAGAAGCUCCACCAGCUCCGUCUCCCCAGCUACACCCUCCGUAGACAGCCUAACUGACACCAUCUCCACAACCAUUCCCAGUUUAGCUGAAGCUGCUAAUGCUGUAGCUAACCCCGCCCUUUUAAGCCCCGCCCCCUCUACACCUGCUGCCACCACCUCAGGUUCUCAGAGUUUAGACAGCAUCAUCAACUCACUGAGUAACAUAAAUAGUUUGGCUGAGUUUGUUAGCAGUAUUCCCAAACCAUCAGCCCCGCCCCUUCCACCAGAGCCACGCCCACCACUGAAAACGAUUGGAUCUGGAGGCAGUAACUCAGAUAUUGGAGCUCUGUCCCAGCUGGUGAAGACAUCUCUGGACCCAACAGCAGGAGUCAAGUCUCCACCUGCAGCGGAAGUUCAGUCUCCAUCCCCUCUGUCCACCAAGAAAGAAGAAGAAGAUCCGUACGUCACAGUGUUGUCAUGCUGGCCCCGCCAGGAAGACGGGGAGACAGAGUCGUCUAAUGAGGAGGAGGACACAAACGUUAGCCCCUCUGGUUCUGAUGGAUCAGCGGAUAGAGAUCCUGGUUCUGUUACCACCAGAGCUCCAUCUAGCCAAUCAGGACCUUUGAAACCGGCACGCCCGGCCCCGCCCCCUCCGAACAAAAAGACCAAACCAGUGAAGCAGAAGAUUCCCAGGGCGGCCACCAUCAGAGUCUCUAGGAAGAAGGGCGGCGGCGGCGAGUCGGCUCCGCAGAGCGCCGUGGUGCGAGCCAGCUGGCUGGAUUUCUGGAAGGGCUUCAGGUACAGCGUGCUGUGGGUCACCUUAGACGGACAGCUGAUGUCGCUGCGCAGGAAGCGCACCGACCGGUUCAGCGAGCUGUUGUUUCACGUUUCCAGUAUCACCAACGUGAAGCCUCAGGACAAAGGACGCUUCUCCGUCUACUUCAGGAAAAAACAUUAUGACUUCAUGGCUCCUAAUAAAGAGGUUCAGGAAGGCUGGGUCACUUCUCUGCAGGCCACUCGUGGCCUACAAAGCCCCACCCCACCUGAGCUCCACGGAAAUAUCACCAUCAAAGAUACUCGGAGCCGCGCCUAUGCUGCUGUCUGGGGUCAUGACCUUUGGAUUUACCCCAACAAAGACAGCUUCCAGUUGGGAAUCGCCUCCUUCUCCAUCCCUCUGAAUGUGGCCACAGUGAAAGCUGUGAAAGGAAGGCACUCUUUAGUCCUCAUCACUCCAUACAAGACCUUCAACCUGUCCUUUGAGUCGUCAAAGGACCAGUCCCUCUGGUUUGAAAGCCUGACCGCCACUAUCCAGAGUGCUGUCUCCUGCAGCCAGGUGGCGCUGCGUCUGUGGGAGAACCCCUACAACAAAGUGUGCGGUGACUGCGGGGCAGCCAAUCCUGAGUGGGCUUCAGUCAACCUGCUGUUGGUCAUCUGUCACAGCUGUGCAGCUCAGCAUCGGGUUCUUGACAGAAACCUGUCAAAGGUCCGCAGUCUGAGGAUGGAUAACACGACCUGGACCGAACCAUUAAUACAGCUAUUUGUUAAGUACGGCAACCGGCUGGCCAAUCAGGUGUGGGCUCCAGCUGUGCCGGCAGCAGAACAGCUGCGUCCGGAGUCGACGGAGGCGGAGCGCUCGACGUUUAUUCAGAACAAAUACAGCAGGGGGCGCUACAGGCGGAUCCAUGCGCUGACGUCUAGCCGCUCCAUGAUGAACCAGAGGCUGUGUCAGGUGGUUGUCAGUGACGACGUGGAGGAAACGAUGUCUCUCAUCUGCUCAGGAGCCAAGGUGUCCUCGUCUGACCCACACAGACACUCCCCUAUCCUGCUGGCUGAAAAAGCCAAUCAGGCUCUGCAGAUUGAGCUGCUGCGACACAACGAGUACACAGAGGUGCCUCCUCACCAGCCUCUGUCAGCCAAUACAAAGCUGGACUCCAACCUUUCAGGUGAAGAGGAUGAGGAGCUCCAUGGUAAACUGGAGGAAGAUCGCUUUUUCUUCUCAUUAGAAAAUGAUUCUGCAGCAUGUGACGUCCUCGACCUGCGAGAAGUUUUGUCUGUUUUCCUCACAGACGGGCCGGAUCAUCGGUUUGAGCUGGUGACACUGACUGACCAACUGAGCUGUAAUGCUGACAACAGAGAGUCUCUGCAGAGUCAUCUGGUUCAUAUUCUGAAGGUCAUUCUACCAGGGGGUGUGACCUAUGCUGAGGUGGGCGGAGCCUCCGCUGUCAGCAAGGUGUGUACGGUGGAUGUGGGCGGGGCUUCCAGUCAGUAUGACGCCUGGUUGUUACUGUGGGAGGAUGGCGUUAGCGUCCACCCCGUACAGAAGGACAUGCACCCGGCUCUGAGUUUGGAUCUGAGCAUGCUCAGUUCACAAGAGACAAGUUUACAUGAAGACAUCAUCACCUUGGUCACUCCAGAAAGGACUAUAACUUUACGUUUUGAGCAUCAACCCAGCUGUGAGACCUGGUUCAAACACCUGCAGAAAGCCCUGGCCAAUCAGGAUUCAGCUUCUGAGCGACCUGCAGGAGUGAAUCGGGGCCCGGCUACUCUGAGCCAAUACAUGGAGACUGAUUCAGGGAUUAAAGGUUGUGUUUCCCCGGCCAUCGAGCGCUGCAUCUCCCACAUCACGACCUACGGUCUGAGGGUGGAGGGCUUGUACCGCCGCUGCGGCCUCGCUUCCAAAGUCAAAGAGCUGGUGAAGGCCCUGAAGACGUCACCAAACUCCGCCCCUCUAGAGGCAGAUGAGCAGGGCGUGUUGGAUGUUGGCUCCGCCCUCAAACAGUUCAUCCGUGACCACCAGAGUCUGAUCCCUGACGGAGAACGGCAGCAGUGGCUGCAGGCCGCAGUGAUUUCAGAUGAAAGUAAGCGGUUUAAAGAGUACAGACGGUUACUAUGCCAGCUACCUGCUGACAACAGAGCGACACUCAACGUGCUGUUUGGACAUUUUUACAUGGUCCAAGUGUUCUCUCAGGUCAACAAGAUGUCAGCCCAUAACCUGGCCGUGGUUCUGGCGCCGUCAGUCUUCCAGGCGAUGAGCCAGGAUGUGAUCACACUCACCAGAGAGUUCAUCAUUCACCACACGCUGCUCUUCCUGACUCCAGACAGGAAGGUGGAGGAAAAAGCAGUGGACGAUGAAGAAGAGCAGAUCACCAUCCUCUGAGGACGUUGUUUUCUGUUUUUUUACCUUUUAAUGUCUGCAUUUUUUACUGAUCGUCAGACUAUUUAAACCAAACGUUUGACCCCAUCAUAAAACAAUUGAUUUCCCUGUUUUUGGUCUGAUCAAAUAAUUACACUAAAUGAAUCAAUAAAGGGCUUCUUGGUGACAUCCUGCAUUCACCCCCU